AUGGACGAAUCGGCCGACUGCCGAUCGCCUGGCAUGGCAUACAGCAAUCCACUUCCUCCUUCUCCUCCUCUCACUCCAACCAUCUCUUGCGACUUUCCAUCAGAACUGGUCGGCAAAAAGGUCUUGCUGGCGACAGAAUCCCUGGGUCCCGUCAACGGCGUCAGCAGGACAACUCAGAGUCUGGUUGACUACCUCCGAAGUCAUGGCGUUCACGUCGCGACAUGUGCUCCUCAAUAUAAAGGACAGCCGAUUGUCGAGUCGACCAAACAGGAAAGACAGCCUAUAGUGAACAAAGACUGGCUUCGCUCCAUCGAAGCAAAGUCUUCGUCUCUUGGAUCCCGGGCGAUUGGUGGUGCGUGGCAGUGGCAUUUUGACCAUGAUCGGGAAAAGGAGCCGCUAUUAUCAAAUCAAGCCGCUCCCAAACCUCCAGUAUUCAAUCGUACCCGCAGUGAGGAUACAAGACGGAAGGUGGAAGUGGCACGACAGAACCGUGUCAACCCUGAGUUUCGGUUGAAAGGCUGGCCAUUGCCAUACAACCCUGAUCUCACUGUUGCCUACCCCUUUCGACUGGAAAAGGUGUACGACAGCACCUUCAUACCCGAUGUCAUAUACUUGGCCAGUCCUGCGUCUGUUGGAUUCCAAUUCCUGGUCCAGCUUAGACAGCUUGAUCAGCCACCACCAACCUUGUUGAAUUUUCAAACAGAUCUGGCGUCAUACGCCGGUAUCAUGUUUGCAGCUCCUCUUGAUCGCUAUGGAAAAUGGCUGCUCCACAUGGUCCAAGGCUUUCUCUUCCGCGCCGCUGCAGUACACACCAUCUUCUAUCCAUCAGCAUAUGUGCGAGAGUACAUGGAAGGAACCGGCGCGCCGUCAUCAAAGAUGAUUCAAUUAGGUCGCGGUGUCGACACGGAAAUGUUCAAUCCUUGUCGCCGCGACGAGGCUUACCGAAGGGAGAUUGCUCCGGAUGGAGAAAUCAUCUUCUGUUGCAUUUCGAGAAUUUCGCCUGAGAAGGGAUUCGAGUUUCUGGCCAACGCUACCCAAAAGCUAAAGGACACCGGUCUGAAGUUCAAGCUACUCAUCGUCGGCGGCAACAAGAAUCCUGCUGUUGAGAAUGAAGUCCGCGGAUACUUCAAGAACCUUGCCGACUGUGUCACUUUCACCGGCAUGCUUCGCGGCACUGCCCUGGCAAGAGCAUACGCCGCUGCCGACGUCUUCCUUCACUGCUCAAUUACCGAGACUUUCGGUCUCGUGGUGCUAGAAAGUAUGGCAUCCGGCGUUCCCGUCAUCGCCCGAGAUGAAGGUGGCCCAUCCGAGACCGUCAAGCACGGCCGUUCAGGCUACCUCGUCGCACCAAACGACAUGCAGACCUUUGUCGCCUACGCUCAACAGCUUGCUACCGAUGACCAUCUUCGCGCGGAGAUGAUCGUCAACGCACGAGAGCAGGCUCUCAACACUACAUGGGACAAGAUCAACAACCAGGUCGCUCUGCAGCUCGCCGCAGCUCUUCAUCAACAGCCYCCCAAGACGUCCGAGGAGAAGGCGCGGGAUGGUUAUUAUGGGACGUGGAUCAAUAUGCUUUUCGUUUAUUUGGCCGUGGGGAUUGUGUGGAUCUUUUGGUUUAUUGCGGUGAUACCCUUGAUCUUGUGCGGUUGGGCACAUGGUCUUUUCAAUUGA